CCACGUCGGAUAAGGUUUACGGCUGUUUCCGCUCCUUUGGGUCAACAGCCCUUCCCCACAGAUGAGGAGCAGCAGAUGCUUUUGUUUGCAUGAAGAGCAAACACGGGUUUGUUGCGGUGCGGCGGCUACACCGCCUCUUUACCGACCCGUUUCGAGGCAGCCGCUCCCGGCAUGAACCAGUCGCGCCCUGACGUCUGCUGCGCCUUCGAGGCCCCCGUCCUGGACCGGGUCCUGCCUCCCGUCCUGAUCCUGGAGUUCGUGCUGGGGCUGCUGGGGAACUUCGUGGCGCUGUGGAUGUUCGUCUUCCACAUGGACGAGUGGAAGCCCAACACCGUCUACCUGACUCACCUGGCCGUCGCAGACUCCAUCGUCCUCUUCUGCUUGCCCUUCAGGGCGGACUACUACCUGCGAGGGAAGAACUGGAUCUACGGCGACGCCGCGUGCCGCAUCCUCCUCUUCCUGCUGGCGGCCAACCGCGCGGCUGGGAUCUUCUUCCUCACAGCCGUCGCCGCCGACCGCUACUUGAAGAUCGUCCACCCUCUGAACCGGGUCAACCGUCUGGGUCUGGGGUAUGCUCUGUGGGUGUCGCUGGGCCUCUGGUUCUUGAUUUUCCUCGCGACGGGUUACCUCCUGGCAGACCAGCACUUCUUCCACAGCGGCAACCGGACGCAGUGCGAGAGCUUCAACAUCUGCAUGGGCUACACGCCGCUCUCCACCUGGCACAACGCCUUCUAUGUCCUCCAGUUUUUCCUGCCCUCCGCCAUCGUGGCCUUCUGCACCGCCAGGAUCACCCUGCAGCUGAACAACAAGACCCUGGACAGGCAGGGGAAGGUCAAGCGGGCCGUGCAGUUCGUCCUGGCCGUCGCCCUCAUCUUCAUCACCUGCUUUUUCCCCAGCACCGUGUCUCGCGUCGCCGUGUGGGUCCUCAAGCUGUGGUACGACCAGUGCCGGCACUUCGAGGAGGCCAACCUGGCGUUCUACACGUCUGUGUGCUUCACCUACUUCAACAGCGUCCUCAACCCCAUCGUGUACUACUUCUCCAGUCCGGUUUUCAGCGGAACCUUCCGGAAGGUUCUGAACAAGGUGCUGCGACGCUCCGACAGGCCGGAAGCUCUCGAGAACAUUUCCACUGUUGAAGGCAGGAGGAUCUAAAAAUCGAAAAAAUGAGGCCGAUGUGAGUUUGAGACGCAGGAAAAGAAGUGAUUUUUAGAAGGAAACAGUUAAUUUAUGAAACUGUUCAUGACGUAAAAAUGAUGAAAAGCCGAGUCACCAGGAGAAAUAAAUACACUGAAUUAGUAAAAACCAAAAGAUUUAAAAAAUGGUUUAUCAAACACAGUGGUAUUGAUGCUGACACAUUUUUAUUUAAGACAUAUGAUUAGGGAAACUUUAUGAUUUCAGAAUUUUUACUUUUUCAUACCAAGCAUUUAAAUCAAAAACAUAUUGCAGACCAGUUAUUUUUUUGGUGAAGACUUUUAUGAACCCAAAAAGAGGCCGACUCACUGAACCGCUGCUUUUUACUCUCCUGUUGGGACGCAGUUUGUUCCUCUGCUGCUAAAUUAGUCUCUGUAGUCUCAGUAGAUCACCAGUGCUGCAUAAACAGCCGGAAAUAAAGCAAACGUGACACGGAUCUGGGAGUUUCUUUGAUGAAAUCCUUCUCAGAUUCACAAAGAAAAUGACAUCUAAAGAAAACUUCACUGUUACUCUUUUUUUAAAAUGCUUUUUCUCCACAGUAAAUAUUAAUUUAACUGAUCUGUUCAGGGUUUCAUCCUGAAUUUCGUCCUUUAAUUGUAUCUUGCAGCAGUCCUGGACUGCAAGGACCGUCACUGCCUGAUUAGCGCUGUUUUGUUGUGCGUGUGGCAGUAUAUGCUGCCAUUACAGAGAUAAAACCAGCCAAAGCCACCAUUUUUUAAUGAAUUUUUCCCCCGCACAGGGUGGGGAAAUAAAAUGGGGUGGCAAUGGCACAGGUGGGUAUUGCUGUGGGGCAAACAACGCCGCUCGCAGCUUUACUCAAUGAUUUUGUACAAAGUUUCAACCUAUAUUUACUUCCUGGUAUGCAUCGCUCAUUAAUGAAUAUUAGCUUGUAUAUAUAUUUGGUUUACUAAUAAUGUGUCCAGAACUUACCGCACCUUUGCCCAACAGCAGCUGGUAUAGGCUCCAGCAGCCCCAAGACCUCAAAGGGCAGGAAAAAUGGAUGGAUGGAAAUGUGUCUGCAAAAUAAUGAAAUUGCAUUUACGCUCAUUCAUGCCAUGUUGUCACCAUGAAUGAAACAAAAACGAGAUUUUUGUCUUCAGAAUUUUUUGGGAUAUAAAAAGACGUCUUUAGUAAACAAAACAUAAAAUUCCGUUCUGAAAAUUUGCAAAUUUUUAGUAAAUCUACAUUUUUUUUUAGCUCUAUUGAUCCUAUUUUUUGAGUUGCUUUUUACUUUUUUUAAUUGGAUUGAUGUGAUACAUUUAAAAAAAUUUUUUUACUACAGAUUAGAAAGUUUAAAAAAGUGUUGGAAAAUUCUAAACAUUAAAACUCUUUUGAUUCCCUUUAGUGAACAGUUUGUUUUUCUUAAAACAAGAAAUUGUUUUCUUUUCUUUCCACCAGCAAACUUUUCUUUGCUUUUUUUAUUAAAAAAAUAUUGAGCGGGAUCAUCUUCUUCUCCCAUAGAUUUCAAAAGGAUAUCAACACCAGCUGUUCUUUUUGCAAUAAUCAUCCAGAAACCAUUACCUUUAUUUUUGUCAAAUGUAAAUUUGGGCAGAUGUAUUUAAACCCUAAAA